GUUCAGUUUGCAGAGAACUAUGGAAACGUUUUCAGCCUUCGGCUGUUCGGUGGACGGAUUGUGGUGAUUAAUGGCUACAAGCUUGUAAGAGAAGCCCUGGUCCACAAAGGAGAGGACUACAUAGAUCGCCCCAUCAUACCAAUGGCAGAAGCAUUAAAUGGGAACAGAGGUCUGGUGGCAUCAAAUGGCAAUCCAUGGAAGCAGCAGAGGAGAUUUGCUCUUCAUACACUCAGAAACUUUGGUGUGGGCAAGAAGAGCCUGGAGCCAUCCAUCCAGCAGGAGUGCCAAUAUCUCACUGAAGCUUUUGCCCUUCAGCAAGGCAAGCCUUUUGAUGCCCAAUCACUGAUUACCAGUGCUGUGUCCAACAUCAUCUGCUGCCUGGUGUUUGGUGAUCGCUUUGAAUACACUGACAAGCAGUACCAGGGUAUUCUUCAGAAGUUGAAUGAAAUAAUGUACUUACAGGGAAGUUUGUGGACACAGGUUUAUAACACAUAUCCCUGGCUGAUGAAGUGGGUGCCCGGACCUCACCAGAGGAUAUUCACUCUGACACAAAACUUAGAUGACUUUGUAGAGAUCAAGAUUAAAGAACACAGAGAAAGCCUUGACCCGUCCUCACCGAGAGACUACAUCCACUGCUUCCUCGCAGAGAUGGGAGAGAAGGAGGACACAGAUUCUGGUUUUGAUUUAAAAAAUCUGGCUGUUUGCACUCUGGACCUGUUUGGUGCUGGAACUGAAACUACUACCACAACUUUACACUGGGGACUGCUAUUCAUGAUGUACUACCCUGACAUACAAGGCACCACUAUCAUGCCCACGCUGAACUCAGUUCUACAUGAUGAGUCGAUGUGGGAAACUCCACACACCUUCAACCCUCAACAUUUUCUGGACCAGGACGGCAAAUUUAGGAAGAGAGAGGCCUUCCUUCCUUUUUCAGCAGGUUAG